UGUUAGUUUGGCGUCCAUCCAUGGCUUCCAGUUCCCCCAGAAACCAGCUUCAGGUUCAGCCCCACUUUGUGUUAGUCCCGCUCAUGGCUCAAGGCCACAUGAUACCCAUGACCGACAUCGCCACUCUCCUCGCGCAUCGCGGCAUCUUCGUCACCUUCGUCACCACCCCAUUCAAUGCCAUCAGGUUCGAAUCCUUCUUCGCUCGGGCUAAGCAAUCCGCCCUCCCCAUUUCGCUCCUCAAAAUCCCCUUCCCUUGCCUCCAAGUCGGCCUCCCUCUCGGCUGCGAGAAUCUCGACGCUCUGCCAUCUCGUGCACUUCUCAGGAAUUUCUACGAAGCUCUGUCUCUGCUUCAGCAGCCAUUGGAGCAGUUCUUGGACCAUCAUCUUCUUCCUCCUACCUGCAUAGUUUCGGAUAAGUAUUUGUAUUGGACAUCACAAAUUGCUCACAGAUUCAGAUGCCCAAGGGUCAUCUUUCAUGGCACUGGCUGCUUCUCACUCUUGAGCACACACAAUCUCCAACUCUACAGUCCCCACACCUCGGUUGAUUCUGAUAAACAGCCGUUUUUGGUGCCUCGAUUGCCUCAUAAGAUUGAAAUUACAAAAUCCCAACUCCCUGGAUCCUUAGUAAAGUCCCCUGAUUUCGAUGAUAUCCGAGAGAAAAUAAGAGAGGCAGAACAGGAAGCUUAUGGGGUUGUGGUAAAUAGCUUUACAGAGCUGGAAGAUGGGUAUUCUGAAAUUUACCAGCGCCAAAUUAACAAGAAACUGUGGUGCGUUGGGCCGGUUUCGCUUUGCAACAAAACGAGUUCAGAAAAAUACAACAGGGGAAACAGAGCACCCAUAAAACAGAGCCAUUGCUUAAACUGGCUUGAUUCUAUGAUCCCGAGAUCAGUCCUUUACAUCUGUCUCGGAAGCUUAUGUCGAAUGAUUCCUUCACAACUCAUCCAAAUUGGGCAGAGCUUAGAAUCUUCAAAUCGUCCGUUCAUCUGGAUUAUCAAGAACAGAGACGAGAAUUGCUCUGAGCUGGAAAAAUGGGUAUCCGAAGAGGGAUUCGAGGAGAAAAUCAAAGGGAGGGGAUUGAUCAUCAGGGGUUGGGCUCCCCAGCUAAUGAUUCUCUCGCAUCCGUCAAUCGGUGGGUUCGUAACGCACUGUGGGUGGAACUCGACGGUGGAAGGGAUCUGCAGCGGGGUGCCGAUGAUCACAUGGCCUCAAUUUGCAGAGCAGUUCUUGAAUGAGAAGCUGGUGGUGGAAGUACUGAAGAUCGGAGUGAGGAUAGGGGUGGAAGGAGCAGUGCGAUGGGGGGAAGAGGAAAGAGGUGGAGUGUUGGUGAAGAAGGAAGCCAUCGAGGAAGCAAUUGAAAUGGCGAUGGAUGGUGGAGAAGAAGGAGAAGAAAGAAGAAGAAGAAGCAGAGCAUUGAGUAAAAUGGCAUCCAAAGCAAUGGAAAAUGGUGGAUCUUCUCACAGUAAUUUCUCACUGUUCAUCCAAGACGUAAUGGCUCAAUCAGCUCUCCUCAACCCUUAGUUCUUCUUCUUAAAUCAAAAUUCUAAAAAUUAAAAUCAAAUUUGAAAUCAUUUUAAUUAAGAAAAAGUGUACUUGGCUGUUGG